GCGAAAGAGAUCUCCCAGAUGCGUUCUGCACUCCUAGAGGCGGCGCCCGAGCUACGGAAGGAGCCCGCCAAUUCUUGGAUCCUCAACCUGCAUAGUUCUUUGCAGCACGAUGAGCAGCAGUUGGUCUUUCGGCGAGCUCCGGGCAGCGUGCGGAAAAUCAUUUUGGCCACGAACAUCGCCGAGACGAGCAUCACCAUUGACGAUGUGGGCGUGGUCAUUGACACAGGGCACGUGAAAGAGCUUCGCUAUGAUAGCGGUCGUCGGGUGGCAAGCCUGCAGGAUGUCUUUGAGUGUCGCUCCAGCGCGUUGCAGCGCCGCGGGCGUGCGGGGCGCGUGGCACCAGGUGUUUGCGUGCAUUUGGUCACCAAGUACUGCCACAAUCAGCUGAUGGAAGAGCAUCAAGAGCCUGAGGUGUGCCGAGUUCCCUUGGAAGAACUACUCCUACGGAUCCACGCCGCAGGUCCUUUGAGUGUGAAGCUCUUCGUGAAACAUCCGCUUUGCAUUCGGAGCCGGGAGCAGAAGGGUGACCACAUGCUCCGUCUGCCAGACUUCUUCGACACGACCAUGGAGAUCUGCCAGGCCUUGUUGGAUCCUCCAGAGGAGACGGCGGUACAAAGCGCUCUUAAGCGGCUCAUCAGCCUGGGCCUCUUGACACCUGCUGGCGCCGGGCCACGCGCCACGCGCGCCACGCAGCUCAGCUCCUUGGGUCGUCGGGCGCUGCCGCUGCCGCUGGCGCCGCGCCACGCGAAGCUGGCGCUGCUGGGCUGCGCCUUGGGGCCACGCUGCCGCGAGGUUGCCGUGUCGGCGGCGGCUGCGUUGAAUGCCGCCAGCUGGCCCUUCCAGCCAGGCGCGCCUUGCAGCGCUUCCUUCGAUGAAGGCCGUCGCUUCGAAGCCCGCCGCGUGCACCGGGCCAUCGCGGAGGAGGUCUCCUCACAACUCGCUUGCUCGGACCUGCUGGGAGCGCUGCGGGCCUUCGGCGAGUGGCGCGCGGAGCGCCCCGCGGAGCAGCGCCGUGCCGCGGAGGCCUGGCAUCUCCGGAGCUCAGCGCUGCAGGAGAUCGAUGAGUCACGUUUACAGCUGUUAGAGAUGCUGGAGCCUUUGGGACGAGACACGAGGCACUGUGGCUUGGGCGGUUCGAACGGAGAAUUAGCACCCUGCCUGGCUGGACUUCUUUGUGCUGCAUCCUUUCCACAGCUGGCGUUAGCCAUUCCCAAGGAGACGCUUUCCUCGCGGAUGGGUACAGGGGCAGUGCUGUCGGAGCUCUUCGUACACGAGAAGGGUACCUUGGUGCCAGUGCAGGUGCACCCAUCUUCCAUAUCAGCAAAGGAAAAGAUCUUCGGAACCCCGUUCGUUCUCUAUGAGGAGUUGAUUGAGACAACACGGCUCUAUGUGCGCUGCAUCACCUGCAUACCACCCUUGACUUUGCUUUUGUUCGGCGGCCUGCUCUCAGAGUCCGAGCAGCUGAAGAGCAAUCCCUUGGGGGAAGAGGCCUUUUUGCAGCUGGGCUCAUUCAAGUGGAUUCUUCCGAAGGAGCUUUCGGACCAGAUUCUGGAGAUUCGACGUUUGCUCGAAGGCUUCCUCCAAGCUUGGAUGCUUGGAGCAUCCGAACUCUCCGAGGACUUGGAGAAGGCCCUCUUGGAGGUCUUGAGGCCUGGGAGAUCCACCAUGGAUGGAUCUUAGACCUUGGUCCUUUAUUGAGAUUGGGAGGAUGACACUUGAUGACUCAGAUAUGACGCAUUCAGCUAUGUGACAGACUGAGUCGGAAUACAGAUCAUCUAGCCAAGAGUCGUUGUUCCUCGUAGCUCGAACAUGUUCAGCCCGUAGCAAGUACUAGCGUUGUUUUCUGCGAAAGACUGAUGGACCAGCGAAACUGUUGACCUCAGCCUAUCGGGCCUGUCGGGUGGAGGCAACCAACAGAGAUGAUCAACUGAGAUGAGACUCUUCAUGUUCGAAAUGCAAAAAGGUCUGCAGGAAAAAAUGAAAAGAGCAGACAAAGGUGACAAAGGGAUCAAGAAGAUAAGAAGGAAAUAGAAUGAUUCCAUGUUCGGCUGCACUUGGCUGUGCGUACAUGCCAGAGUGCACUUGCAGGGUCAGCUACUUUGCGUCAGAAGCUUGCAACUGCGACUAAGUCAAGGAAGUCGCAGACUACACCAGUGGCGCUUUUGAGAAAAUGCAAAUCAUCAGGGCUCCGAGAUGUUGACCCAGAACAUCAAGUUCAUCACGAUCUCCUCGAGCACCACCCACACAUCAUUUUCUGCAGUGGACGUUUCAGCUUUGGGUGAACUAGUAGAUCAAUGUCCACAACUGUCGGUGAUCAUGAGUCAUCGUCCUUCCCGAAUCUUCGAAUAUCUCUUGUUGCUUAUUGACACAAAGCGAUUUGACUGCCGCAUGAUGACAAAGUGACCAACAGGCCCUUGCUGUACAUAGACUCAUGUUGCAGCGAAGUCCGGCCAAGAUGGUCAUGGACUUUGCCAUAGAGCUUGCUUGAGCUUGAAAAAAGAGUAUGCCAA